UCGCUUCAAGUGAUCUGCUGCACGCCGGCCGGGUCGCCGUGACGGCGUCCGCUCUCUUCCCCGCGAAAACCCUAAUGGCGUCCCGCCUCCUCCACCUCCGCCGCCUCCUACCUCCCCGCCCCACCCUCCCUGUCGCCGCUUUUUCCACCGCCGUCACCCCGACCCCACGCGUCUCCGGGAUCGUCGACGAGAUCUGCGGCCUCACCCUCCUCGAGGCCUCCUCCCUCGCCGACGCCCUCCGCGGCCGCCUUGGCGUCGACCAGCUCCCCCCGCUGGCCAUCCUCACGGGCGGCGCCGUCCCGCUCGCCGGCGGCGCAGCGGGACCCGGGGCGGCCGGCGAGGAGGCGAAGGCCAAGGAGGAGAAGAUGGCGUUCGAUGUGAAGCUGGAGGGAUUCGACGCCGCGGCGAAGCUCAAGAUCAUCAAGGAGCUCCGGGCGUUUACGAAUUUGGGGUUGAAGGAGGCGAAGGAGCUCGUGGAGAAGGCGCCGGCCGUGCUGAAGGCAGGAGUGCCCAAGGAGGAGGCGGAGAGUAUAGCUGAGAAGAUGCGAGCGGUCGGCGCCAAGAUCGUUCUCGAGUGAGACGACGAGAGCUCUGUAUGGCCUCGUUUCUUGAUUUGUUUUAUCUUUCUUGUACGAAGAAACUGAUAGAAUUUUGGAACAAGGAAGCAAUAAUUAGUGAGAUUGACUGUGGAGAUAUUUUCAUUGCCAGUGGAAAUGCCAAUUGGGCUUUGGGGAAUACUGUCUUAGAUUUAGCGAUAUUGCUUCGAGCUCUGUAUCUUGAUUGUUUGUUUUAUGGUAUGAAAAAAGAUAUUCUUUUACUCG